AUGCUGGGCCCAAUCCCGAGAUUGGGGCUCCCAAGCGAGGUGCCUCGACUGUACUACGUCAUGGAAGGCUGUGGUGAUGAUGGAAACCGCGGGCUUCGAUAUGGUCAUGCGGAGGCAAUUCCCUUGCACAUGCGUUGGUGGCUCACCAGCCACGGACUUGCUCCAGCUGUCUACCAGGCCAUGCGGGGCAAAAGCGGUGCCGAGGGUAUUGAGGCGCCUGUGGCAGUGGGCAAGUUCCUGGCUCCCCCGCCCUGUGGUGAAGGAUGUGCACAGUGCUCCACGGCUUUUCCGAGCACUCAGCGUCUGGCCGGUGUAGUCAGGGUCGGUGAGAGGACGGCGGUCGUGUGCUCCCAGGUGUUGCCGACCUUGUUGCCCAAGAAGUUCGUGUCGCCGGUCAAGAUUGGAGUGUCCGUUGGGCCAGCUCCCGUCAGCUUGCUUCUGAAGGAGCCAAACUGCCUUCGCUUCGGUGACUGCUGGCUUGGCAAAGAGCUGUCCCGGGCUCUGGACGAGGUCCGGUUCCACGGCAAGUGCUUGAACCCGGGACGGAGUGCGACCGUUGAGAUGCAAUCGCUCCUCCGCUUCAUGAUCGAGUAUGCGAGCGUUCCAGAUUGCGAGAAGCAUUUCGUUCGGCUACUGGUCUCAGAGAGUCCGCGCCGUCGCCGUUCCGUGCGGGACAUGAAGGAGUUGGAGGACCACUUUGUCACGGAGGCUUUCCUGCCAGUAGAGUCGGCCAAUGUCAUGCAGACAGCGGCGGGCCGCUCGACGAGCUCUCCGGCAGGAGUGCUGAUGUGCCCAAUGCAACCUCGAGGCAGCGCCGCAGAGGGCCCAGAUGGCAGCAUCCCGGUCGCUGAGCAGCUUCCACCCGCGGCUGUUGCAGCGGUUGACGCGGCUGUUGCCGCUCCACCGUCAACGGCGGCUGCAACCGAGGUCGUAGAGGAAGAUGCCUUUGCGGUCCCACGGCCGGCUGUCAGUUUCACAGAGAUGGGGGCGAAUGCCGCCACAGUGGUCGCCGUGGAAUCCUCUGGUCAGGGCGAUGCUGUCGUGCACAUUGUGGAGGUGGCUGGUGCUAUUCUCAGGUGGCUAGACGGUCUGAGAUGUGGGCAACCCCGAUGGCUCUGCUGCUAA